UGCUUCACUUACCGCAGUCCAUUAAAGGCUAAAAAGCCGUUCUGCUCCCACUCUGGCGCAGGGGAAGGAGGUUUCCACUUUCCACUGUCACCAGCGGGACGGCCUUCCGCUUCCACUUCUCCCUGCUGAGUCUUCACAGUGUGAGGGACAGCCCCUGUCCUGGACCUUACUUCUACUCGCUUUUGCAGAAUUUCCGACGGAAAUCGCUGCCUUCCGGCAGUUACUUGGAGACUGUCUCCGGCUUCCCGGCCUCCCGUUUUCGGGUGCCAAUUGUCUUCUCCCUGCAUCUGGAUUGCAAUUUACAACUUAAAGCACCAGUGGACUUAAGAAUGGCUCAGCUGCGGAUGGUUCUCAAGGCAUUCUAGAUUCCUCCUUAAGAAAGCAGCAACCUAUUUCUAUUAUUCCCGUUCACAAUUUUAUAAAAAUUUCACAAUGAUGCAUGCGAAGUCAGACUCUGAUAUCACCAGUUUAGCUCCUUCUUCACCUUCAAGAUCUCCCAAAAGACCCGUUUACUAUGUUCAGAGUCCUUCAAGGGAUUCUCAUGAUGGCGACAAGUCUUCCUCUAUCCAUGCUACACCUGUCUACAACAGUCCAAUGGAAUCACCAUCACACCCUUCUUUUGGGCGACAUUCACGAACUUCUUCUGCAAGUAGAUUUUCUGGAACAUUUAGGUCAUCCUCAGGUCGUAAAGCCAACAGGAAAAGAAAUGACAAGGGAUGGCCAGAGUGUAAUGUGAUUGAGGAAGAAGGACCUUAUGACGAUAUUGAUGGUGAAGGGGGAUUAUCUAGGCGUUGUCAAUUUUUCAUGGCCUUUCUGGGGUUUGUUUUCCUUUUCAGUGUCUUCUCUCUCAUUAUAUGGGGUGCAAGCCGGCCUUACAAGGCAGAGAUCUCAGUAAAGAGCCUGACAAUUCAAGAUUUUCAUUGUGGUGAGGGAGCAGAUAACAGUGGUGUGGUAACCAAGAUGACAACUUUGAAUUCCUCUUUGAAAAUAAGCAUACGCAACCCUGCAACAUUGUUCGGUAUUCAUGUCAGCUCCACGCCCAUUAAUCUCAUCUACUCUGAGAUACCAAUAGCUUCAGGAGAGUUGAAGAAGUACUAUCAGCCAAGGAAGAGCAAGCGUACAGUGGAAAUCGUUCUGCAAGGAGAGAAGGUUCCCCUGUAUGGGGCUGGAGCAAGCUUGACGGUGUCUGGCAACGGCAUUCCAGACAGCAACCUUAAUGGUGGCAUCCCGUUGCAGCUGGAGUUUGGAAUAAGGUCGCGCGGGUAUGUAAUCGGAAAGCUGGUAAAGACAACACACAAGAAGCACGUUUCCUGUUCGCUCACCGUCAAAUCUCUCAAGCCUGUCACCUUGUCAGGGGAUGCCUGCACCUACAGUUAGAUCCUGCCCUUCUGGUUAAUUUUAUUUAUUAUUUUUUACUCGCUUUCUCUCUCUCGCUCUUGUCUGGUGCAAAAUAGAGAAUAAUUUGCAAGCAUGUAGGUGGAACCACCAAAAGAAGGAAGAAGACAGGGUUUUGUUUGUUGUUGUUUCUGCUACCGCGCCUGUUGUCUGUUGGAAGUUGAAGCCAUUGUUUUGUUUUAUGUGAAAUGCAAAUGUAAAAAUACGCGGCUUUUUUAGUAGUAAAGAAAUUUAUGAAA